CUUUUAAUUUUGUUAUUUUCGAUCUAAACCCUUACUCUCGUGAAACCGAAGAAGCCCUAGGUUCGUCCCGUCUCGCACGGUAAAAAAAAAAAACACACACACACACACACAAAUUAUUGAGAAAUUAAUUUCAAAAAUCGACAAAUUUAUUAGGGUUUCAAUUCGAAAUCCCUAGAUUCAAACCCUAGCCUACGGUCGUACUCUUGAUAUUCACGAUUCAGCGGAGAAAUUGAUAUUCUUCGAUACUUCGAUCCAAAUCUGAAACAUGUGUGAUGGGAAUGUGAAAAGUGGGGGAUUGGGGUUUCCCUGUUUGGAUUGAGGGAUUGUUGAUGGAAAAUAGAAUUGGAAACUCUCAUGGAGCGGAAAUUCCUAAGAAAUCAAGAUCUUUGGAUCUUAAGAGUUUGUAUAAAUCUAUUGAUUCAAAGGAGUAUUCUAAAGUUAAGAGUUUGAAGAGGAAAGAAAGCUCACAAGAAGGCGAUGGUGAGAAGGGGAAUAGUAAUAAUAAUAACAAGAGAAAGAAGGGUAGGAAAGCUCUGCCUCUCAGUAGUUUGAGAACCGUCCAUGAUAGCAAUAGUAGCAAGAGUUUAAAUGAAGUGUAUAGUGGAGGGUGCAGUUCGGGGUUGCAUGGUCUGGAAAGUCCGAAGAAGUUGGGUUUGAGUCUGAAGUCAAAGAAUGGUUGCAGUGCUAAUGGCAUUUCACUUAGUUUGGGUGACAGUGGAACUAGGAUCCCGAAGCGUAAACGUGGCUUUGUGGGGCGGAACAAGUUUGAGGGUGGUCAAGUGUUGAAGUUGGCAGGGCAAUCUUGUAGUACAGUUGUUGAUGUUAGUGAGGAGGUGAAGUUAGCCAGUGAAGAUUCUGGCACUCAAAAUGACUCUUCGAAGGUAAAACAGGAGAAGCUUAUUGAUGAUUUUAAGGAAAAUAGAAACAGUGAGUCAAGUUCAGUUCAGCAUUUGAAGGAAGAAGAUGGUGUUGCUAGUUACUCAGCUCUAAAUGAUAGUGACUCUUUGUUAAAAAAGUCACGGAGGAAGCCUAGGAAGAGGAAGGAUUCGGUAAAGGGUGGUAAAAGUGUUGCUAAGAAGGCUGGGAGUUUAGUAGAUUCUUCUGUUAAGACAUGUGAUAAUUUUCAAGAAGAUGAUGAAGAGAAUCUUGAAGAGAAUGCGGCAAGGAUGUUAUCAUCACGGUUUGACCCAAGUUGUACUGGCUUUUCUUCAAACGGCAAAGUCUCUGUAUCACCUUCUGAGAAUGGAUUAUCUUUUCUCUUAUCUUCUGGUCAGAAUGCUAGUUAUGGGCCUAAGAAUUUGUCUGGUUCUGAAUCUGCAUCUGUUGAUGCUUCUGGUAGGGUAUUGAGACCAAGGAAAAGACAUAAAGAAAAGGGAAACUCAAGGAAAAGGCGCCAUUUUUAUGAAAUGUUCUCUGGAGACUUGGAUGCACACUGGGUGCUGAAUAGAAGAAUCAAGGUGUUUUGGCCUUUGGACAAUAGUUGGUAUUAUGGCCUUGUUAAUGAAUAUGACAAGGAGAGAAAGCUUCACCAUGUAAAAUAUGAUGACCGUGAUGAGGAAUGGGUAAAUUUACAGAAUGAGAGAUUUAAACUCCUGCUUUUUCGCAGUGAAGUUCCCAACAAGUCUGGGCGGAAAAGAUCUUGGCGAGAUAGGAAGCUUAACAAAGAGAAGGGGAAGAGAACUGUCAUGACAGAAGAUGACAGUGGUAACGGGAGCUAUAAGGAUUCAGAGCCCAUCAUCUCCUGGUUGGCUCGCUCUAGUCAUCGUGUCAAAAUUUGCCCUUCGCGUGAUGUGAAGAGACAGAAAACAUCUGCUUCUUCUCUUAUUUCUCUGGGGCAACCAUUGUCGUGUGAUGAAGCUGUGGAUGGAAACGGUUGUCUGCAUGGGAAUUCAGUGAAAGCAAAAACAGUUAAAUUGUAUGGUGCCUCUGCAUUGUCAGACAGACCCAUUGAUGGCAGAAGGAUUGAAGAUUCUUCUUUGGGUAGCACUAGUUGUCCCAAAGACAGUAAACAUCCUAUUGUUUAUUUUAGAAGGCAGUUUCGUAGGACAGAGAAAGUAUUGUGUCAGGUUUCUGAAGGCAGUUGUGUUGCCAGUAGGGUGCCUGAAUCUAUCAUUUCCCUUGGCUCUGUUGAUGAAUUUCAGGAUUUGGGAGAACUUGAUGUUUGUCUAGGAAGGUUGGAUCCAGAAGGAGAUUUGUUGUUUAGUGAUGAUGCAGGGCAGUUAAAAUUAAAUAUUUCUUUGUUACAUUCAAAACAAUUCAGGUUUUGGUUGAGCUUCCCUAUGCUUUCUGUCUCAAAUAACUUAUUUGGAACAAAGAGCUUUUGGCUGGUUCAUAAUUUGUUGCUGCUUCAGUGUGGUACGGUCAUGACUGUCUGGCCAAUGGUUCAUCUGGAGAUCCUUUUUGUUGAUAAUGAAGUUGGACUAAGGUUUCUCCUGUUUGAAGGUUCCUUGAAACAGGCUGUAUCUUUUGUUUUCCAGGUCCUGAGGGUAUUUUAUCGACCUACUGAGCAGGGGAAGUUUGCUGAUCUGCAGUUGCCUGUAACUUCAAUCAGGUUCAAAUUUUCUUGCCCUCAAGAUUUUAGGAAGCAGAUUGUUUAUGCUUUUUACAACUUCCACGAAGUGAAGCAUUCAAAAUGGAUGUCCUUGGAUUCUAAGCUGAAAAGACAUUGUCUGCUCAAUAGUCAAUUACCUCUGUCUGAGUGCACUUAUGAUAACAUUAAGGCGCUGCAGAAUGGAACUAACCAGCUUCUUAGUUCUCGUGCUUGCAAAGACUCCUCAUCACUUGAGGGUUUAAGGAGGAGAAGGUAUAGGCAGGGUAUCAGCCUUUUGGGUGUCUCCAGAGAAUCUUGUUUUCCAAAAGUUGGCCAAUUUUCUUCCAAUUAUGAGAAGAAACACAGAAAUCUUCCUCUGUUUGCCCUUUCUUUUGGUGCUGCACCUACUUACUUUCUUAGUUUGCAUCUUAAGCUACUUAUGGAAUAUAGUGUUGCUCGCAUCAGCUUUCAGGAUCAUGACUCCAUUGAGCAAGCAAAAAGCUCUGGGAAUUUGUUGGUGGAUGACAGUUCUAGCAGAGACAACUGUGCAAAAAAAAGUUUUGAAAGUAGUGUAGAAAAAAAUUUGAAGGAUUCAUCAAAGGAUGCUUCUUCUGAUGCUGAGUUAACAACUCUUGAUCUCUCUGUUUGUGGUAAUGGAUGUUGGAAAAAGUCCUCGCAGAAGUAUGAAAAUGGUGAUCAAAUUGUUGAUAUAACUUCUGCCAGCUUUCAGGAACCUGAAGAAGUUGGGGCCAUGGCCAUUGGUCCAUUAGAGAAGGAAAAAUGUGACCAUCCAAAGUCUCGGCAACUUGGGUCAUCAAAGUCUCCAAUUGAUGGUGAUAAGAAGAGUACAGGGUCUAGUUCUGUUUUGAAUGGUAUUAGGGUUGAGAUUCCACCCUUUGAACAAUGUGAAAAGUAUGUUGAUGGCAAAUUACCCAGUAGACAACAUUCUACUGAUUUGACUUGCAAUAUGAACAGUGGCAUUAUCCCAAGUCCUAACCCAACUGCCCCUAGAAGUUCUUGGAAUCGAAAUAGAAAUAGUUCUUCAUCGAUUGGUUACCAUGCCCAUGGAUGGUCAGAUGGAAACGCUGAUUUCUUCCACAAUAAUUUUGGAAAUGGACCUAAGAAGCCAAGAACUCAAGUAUCAUACUCAAUACCAUUUGGAGGUUUAGAUUACAGCUCAAGGAAUAAAGGCCACCACCAGAGAGGUCUUCCCCACAAGCGAAUUAGGAGGGCUAAUGAGAAGAGAUCAUCUGAUGUUUCUAGAGGUUCCCAAAGAAACUUGGAGUUAUUAUCUUGUGAUGCAAAUGUGCUAAUUACCCUUGGUGACAGAGGAUGGCGAGAAUGUGGAGCACAGGUUGCGCUAGAGCUUUUUGAUGAUAAUGAAUGGAAACUGGCUGUGAAAGUUUCAGGGUCUAUGAGAUACUCUUACAAGGCACAUCAGUUCCUGCAGCCUGGAUCUACCAAUCGUUAUACACAUGCUAUGAUGUGGAAAGGAGGAAAGGAUUGGAUCUUGGAGUUCACUGACAGGAGCCAGUGGGCUCUUUUUAAGGAGAUUCAUGAAGAGUGCUACAAUAGAAAUGUCCGUGCUGCUUCAGUUAAGAACAUUCCUAUUCCUGGAGUUUACUUGAUAGAGGAAUAUGAUGAAAAUGCAACAGAAGUGACAUUUGUCCGUAGUUCUUCAAAGUACAUUCGGCAGGUUGAAAAUGAUGUCGAGAUGGCUUUGGAUCAAUCCUGUGUUUUAUAUGACAUGGAUAGUGAUGAUGAACAGUGGAUUUCAAGAAUUUGCAAAUCUUUAGAAAGUGAUGGUAGCAGCAGCUCAUUGGAAUUUUCUAACCAAAUGUUUGAGAAGAUUAUGGACAUGUUUGAGAAGGCUGCAUAUACUCAAAAGCGUGAUCAGUUUAAUUCUGAUGAAAUGCAAGAGCUCAUGCCUGGAGUUGGGUCUAUGAAAGUAAUCAGAGCAAUCUAUGAGCACUGGCGGCAGAAGAGGCAGAGAGUGGGAAUGCCUUUAAUUAGGCAUCUCCAGCCUCCAUUGUGGGAAAGGUACCAACAGCAAGUGAGGGAGUGGGAGCUAGCUAUGUCUAAAGCUAACCCUAUUCUGUCCAAUGGAUGCUCAGAUAAGGUUCCACCCAUUGAGAAGCCACCCAUGUUUGCCUUCUGUUUGAAACCCCGGGGUUUGGAAGUUCCAAAUAAGGGGUCAAAACAAAGAUCCCAGAGGAAAAUUUGUCAAAGCAACCCUGCAUUGGGAGAUCAUGAGGGUUGUCAUUCCUUUGGCAGAAGAUCAAAUGGGUUCCUGUUUGGGGAUGAAAAGGUUCUUUAUCCUGUGCAUAACUAUGAAUCUUUAGAAGAUUCCCCACUGGCUCUGGCUUCACCAAGGGUAUUUUCACCACGAGAUGCAGGUGGCAUGGGAUAUUUCCCCAUUUGCAGUGAUGAGCUUGAUAAGAAUCAUCACCUGAAACUUCAAAGGAGCAGGUCAAAGAAAUUUGGCACUUUUCUAUCAUCAAAUGACACACCAAUGAUGGCUUCAUAUAGUCAGAGGCUAAUUGGCAGGAGAAAUGGAAUUCAUCGGUGGAACGUGGGCUUUUCUGAAUGGCAAAGCAAGCAGCAUCACUUCUCAGAUGGCUUUCAAAGGCACGGCCCUGAUUCUGAUAUUGAUGAGUUAAGAUGGCGUGAUGCAUCUAGUGCAGCCCAGCAUGCAUUAAGAAUGGCCAAGUUCAAGAGAGAAAAAGCUCAGAGAUUGCUUUUCAGAGCAGAUCUAGCAAUUCACAAGGCUGUGGUUGCUCUCAUGACUGCAGAGGCAAUCAAAGAAUCUUCUGAGGACUUAAAUGGUGAUGACAGAAUGUUCUGAUGAAAUAUGGAGUGUUGACAGAAUGAAAUUAGCCAGCACCAUGCAGUUCUUGAAUUGAAGAGUACCAAAAGAAUUGACAUUCUUUUCCCUGGAAUGGAUAUGGUUUUUUCUGUCUCAGUAAUGGUGACCUGGAGUUUUCAUUGACUGAUCAAAGUGUAAAAGUUCUAACCGGAGUUCUGUAAGCAGUAAGAGUAUUUUUUUGCUUCUGCUACAAAUUGUGGCAGUUUUUUCUGCAACUUCACAGCUCUUUCGGCCACUAGGCUUCUUUUUAAUCCCAGCAGCGGGUUGGGUUGCUCAGUUCGGUGCAACUGUUUUCUUUUAUACUGCCGGUAAGGGGUUAUGGAAUUUUGGCAGCCGAUCAUUGUACAGAUUUUUUCCCCCUUUCCUCUUAUUUUGUUCCUUUUUGCCCCUUAGCCUUGAUAUCAGAGUAGUAGGUGGCCCGAAUAAUACAGCACCCCUUUGGAAUCAAGUUACAAUUUCUUGUCGGAUUGAGAUGUUUGGAGUUUGGACCAUUUGGUAGGUAUGUAUGUAUGAAACAAAGCGUACGUCUGAAAUGAAAAAAAGAAAAUGCUGUAAUUAAUUAUCGUAUAAAUUUUCACAGAGAUUCAUUAGAGGGCAAAAAUCUUUUGUUGCAUCCACUCAUUGUUUCAUACGUCUAUCGAUUAUGAAUUGUCUGAAGCAAGGGAUGAUUUGGGAAGCAUUAUACGCGUAUGUUUUUCCUUGUCUUUCUGUAUUUGCUUCAAGAAACAACAGCAACAUGUAGAAAUCUGGGU